CUUUCAUUCUGAACCUCCUUCAAAAUGGUCAACACCUGCCGUAUAAACGUUCGCUGCAAGAAGACUCUGAAAGUCUUGCAUUUCAGCCAAAAGACAAAAACUAUACCCAAUGUUAUUUUUGGUAUCAAAGCUUCACCGCCUAUGCCUGGUAUGGAAGGAAUGUUGGACUGGCUCAUGUCGAAGUGCAUUCACAAAUACUGGCCUUUCUUCAGCAAUUUGACGUAUACGGAAAUGAUUUCAUUGAGGGACGAAAACCUAGAUUGGUACAUGAACGCUCUCGGUGCUCAGGGCACGUUUUGCCAAGGAGCUAGAAGGAAAAUUCUAAAGUCUUUGGAAGAAUUGAGAUCUAGAAGUUCUCAAAUCAAAGUCAUAGACCAUUUGGACGUGGAAAAGUCAUGUAGAACGAUAUCAUCCGUCUUAAAAACGCCCAUAUCGGACAGUGACAUGGAAGAAGACGGAACCUUUCUCACCGGUCUCAUAAUGGAAAAAAUAACACUAGUUGUUGAUGUUUGCAAGAAAACAGGAUCAUCCGUCAAUUCCGUCGCAGCUCUUCUGAGAGAAUACAUCGAGUGCAAGUCCGUGCAUGAAUAUGACAAAAUCUGCGCUAAAAGUUGGCUAAACGGCAUCAAGUUGGAUUUCUUCCAACGUCGAAAGUAUGGAAGACGAACUGCUUGAGAAAACAGAAGAUUCAUCUUCAGAUCCAAUCUUAGUUAUUCUUUGCUAUUAUUGACACAGAUUAUUGUACA